AUGGCAUUCGACUGUAGUGUUGAUACAAAAGAUAUCUACAUCGGCAAAGCCCAAAGUCAAAAGGGUGUAACUAGACCAGUAAAGAAACCAACUGCUGGUAUGAAUUCAACUGCAAGUGGUUCAGAUAUUAGAAGCAUUGAAAGAAAAGCUGAUGAAGGAGAAACUCCAUUAGUUCAUAAACAAGUUAGCCAUAAAGUUUCAUUAGAAAUCCAACGAGCUCGUCAAGAAAAUCAUUUGACCCAAAAAGAAUUGGCUCAAAAAAUAAAUGAAAAACCUCAAACAAUUGCUGAUUAUGAAAGUGGUAAAGCAAUCCCAAGCCAACAAGUAUUAGCUAAAUUAGAACGUAUUUUAGGAGUCAAAUUAAGAGGUCUUAAAUAA